UUGCAGACUGUUUCGAAGCAUUCUUCUCUUGGCGUAUGAAUCAAGCCGUGCUUGCUCGCCUCGAGCAUUUGAUAUUAAUCGUCGCUUUUUGUCCCAGGAAAACAUUUGCCGAAGGAAACUAGCUAGACCGGUUAGGUUCUCGAGCUAGUCUAUACCGCCGUCCCCGUUGACUUCUUUCAACAAUUUAUGCCUUAACCGUUCAGACCUUGGUUCAGAUUCCGCAACCGUUUCUGGCAGUCCGAGGAUCCCGUUUUCUCAGAAAAGGGAGAACGUUUCCCGUUUUCCCGUUCCCGUUCCACCAUCUCUACUGACACCUAGAGGAAGAGGCAAAUACCUGCUGUUCUCAGCUUCUACCUGGAUUCGAGACGUGAGCUAUAGAGACGAAGCACACAGGCACUUUAGCUACUCUUGCCCGUGUUCCUCAGCCAAAUGUAUUUUGAGUUGACUCAAAAUACACUCUAACUACUCUUGCCCGUGUUCCUCAGCCAAACAUUUCGUUUCGGAGCGUUGAAGCACCACCAUUUGAGCGCAACCUUAGUUACGCCAUUUCGUGCCUGCACCGCAUACUGCCCUUCCUUCUCUCUGUCGGCACGUUCGCCAAAGGCCAAUUUCGAUCGCGAACGCUUUCGCGAGAAACAGUCGCAACCCUAUUCAGCAGAAGGUGCCCCCCUCCGAGCACGAUGCGGUCAAUCAGGAGCCUUCUACUCGGCGCGCUUCUUCUGGUGGGGCUGCACGUGGCACACGCUGGGCUUUUCGGGUUCGGCGGGAAGAAGAAAGCAUGUGACCUGUCCGUUGGGAGUUGGGCCCCGUCGACCAAGUACCCGGUAUACGACUCCUCGUGUCCGUAUAUAAGCGAACAGUUCAAUUGCGAAAAGAACGGGCGACCGGACGGCGAUUUUCGCCACUUCGAAUGGAAGCCGUCGGGGUGCAAUCUGGUUCGGUUCGAUGCGAAGAAAUUCGCGAUGACUUUCGUCGGACAGGCUGUGGCGAUCGUGGGCGACAAUUCCGGGCAGUACAUGUAUCAGUCGCUCAGGUGUCGCCUGGACGCUGCGAAUAUGAAAACAGAGGAUUUCGAUCCCUCCUCUAUAGGCUGGACCGGUCAAGGCUUCAAGGUCAAGCCGUGGGGGGUCAAGGUCGUGUUCGUUCACGCACCAUUCCUCACCGAAGCGGAACCGAUGGAUCCGUUGCAGCGAUCGAUGAAGGACGGAUGGAACGUGCAUGUGGAUAAAAUCAACCACAAGUUAACAGAAACACUUAAAGGGCUGCGAUCGGUCAUCCUUGUGGCCGGCUCCUACUACGCGGAGUCCUCCAACCGCACAUACUACAGCAAGGGCCGCCCGAUCGGCGCCCAGCCGAGCGGCGUCGCCGCCCUCAGCAUCGUGCUGAAAAACGUUGCCGAUUUCAUCAAGUCCAACGUGAUGCUCGUGCAGCCGUUCGCACUCUCGAUUCCGCCGGCUCACACGCCCAGCAUGUUCCAGUAUGCUGAUACAACAUGUGCGCUUUUCGCUGGGCCUUUAUCGAGUACAGCGACAAGCCUCGCCAAGGCUCGGAGCGCCGUUGUCGCGUGGACAAACGCGCAAAUCAACGCUUUGACGAAAUCGCGGGUGAAGCUGCUUAAUAUCUUGUCGAUGUCGCUCUAUAGGGCGGAUGCACAUGUGGGGACGUACCAACCGGCUGGCGGAUCGUCGGAGAUGGAUUGUGCCAAGUGGUGCUUGCCCGGGGUUCCAGAUGUGUGGCUUGAUUUGUGGUACCACCAGGUUAGCGAUCCGUUCAACCUUAAACCAUGAGGUUGUGUUGAAGGUUGCUUCCAUAGGUUGUGAUCUACUAGAGAUGCAACAACAGUGGUGAACAAAUCACUGAAUUUGAUUAAAGACCGUCGCCUGUCAGUCCGCAGAUAUAGCUGGGUUUAACCCUGUUGUGUUGAAUUAACUCAGUGUUGGGUCUUUUUCUAACCAUCUAGCA